AUGUCCACAUCUAGGAAGCGCCCGGCUGCCGCCCGAGCCAAGGCCCCAAGUAGAAAUCAAAAUGAUGCGCCCGACAUUCCAAGAUUUCGGGAUUCCAAGGCAGCCGAAAAUUACACAAAAAUCCUGCCUAGAAAGGUUGCAUCCACCAAGUUCGUGUGCAGACCCACGCUUAUUUCGUUAGGUUUUCUUGAGGGGGUCACCCAACUGUUCUGUAACAUUGGGUGGGAAAACCUUCUCAACCUCAUGGCGCACACUUACGAGCUCCCCAUAGAGAGUUUCUUGCCAAUUGAGGGUAUGAUAGUGAAAAAAGAAAAACCGAAUUCCAACUUCUAG